AUGCUUAGUACACGUCUUGUUGAAUUUAAAAAUAGUCGUGAUAUAACUCUACGUGGUAUUCUAAUUGAAUCAAUAAAUUCAAUAUCAAAAACUGCUCUAGUUUGUGUAGCUGGUUUUGAAGGUUUAUCAUCAACGGCACCUAAAUUUAUCAAUUUAACUGAAGAACUACUUUUAUUACCAUCAAAUCCAGUUGCUUGUGUUUUUCGUUAUGAUCCAACAGGUAUUGGUCUAUCUGAUGGUAAAUAUUAUAAAAUGAAAAUUGAUACACUGGUUGAUGAUCUAUCUCAUGCUAUGAAAUAUUUAUUAAAUUUUUAUAAAAACUUUAUUUUUAUUGGUCAUAGUCUUGGUGGUUGUGUCAUUACGAAAUUUUUAAAUUCUAAUCAAAAUUGUUUUACGAUUGAAAAAAUUAUUUUACUUGCACCAGCAUUAAAUCAAUAUGAUCUUCAUCGUUAUUGGUAUAUGCAACAAAUACAUGGAUUAAUUACAUGGGAAAAUUUUAAAAAAGAUUUUCAAGAAUUAGAUUUUCAAGAAUAUUUAAAUAAUAAACCAAUUGAUGCUUGUAAAUCACAUCGAGCACAUAAAAUUUUAUAUGAAUUUAUUCGUUUAUGUUCACAAGAAGAUUUUUCAUUUAAAUUAAAUGAUUAUCAAAAUCAAAUACUUCAUAUACAUGGUACUCAAGAUGCUAUUGUUCCUAUUGAAAGUAUUAAAGAUCAAUUUAAAAAUACAUUAAUUUUAAAUACAAAUGAUCAUGAUUUAGAAGAACCAGAUAUUUUACAAGAAUGGACAAUGAAAGCUGUGGAAUUUAUUUGUAAUAAAUAA